GUCAACGGUCAACGGAGGAGGAAGCAACCAGUUCAAUCUGGCGUCUCUUGGACACUGAUUAAGGGUUCACACUUCCGUCCACACUUCAAUCACACCAACCCAAACCUCAUAAGAGAUGGGCUUGGGCCCUAGUCUGUACUGGGCGUAACCCACUCCAAUCCCAGCCCAACUUGUAGUCGUGCAUUCUUGAACAUGAAUGAUAACAAUUCUAGCAUAAGCAUUCGAUUCUGUGCACGUCUCUAUCAUCCAUUCUUGGAUCAACAUUUUUCCUCUGUUACUUUUCAGGCAUGCAAAACCCUGAAGUCCCUAUCCUUUGUACACUUUCGGUUUAACCAACCACAACUCUGAAAGCCAAGUCGUCCACCCAAAACACACAUUUCACCGUCACUCUAUUCCAUACCUCAAAAAAAGAAGAAACUUAUUGCCAAAGUUUUGGUCCUCAUUUGGCCAAGUUCGGACCAGAAGGUCUGAAGCUGUAAUCAUUUUCGACAUAGUUGCUCAUCCUUUGCCAUAUGAAACGUCACAAAAGUCUUUGCUGUUGCUUAAUUCUUUAUUCUUGUUUUCAAACUCUAAAUAGACAAAAACCAAAGCAUACCUACCAUCAAGAAAUUUCCCACUAUAUGCUAACUUGCUCACCUUUCUUUCCACAAAUUCGCCACCUGCUUUCUUUCUUCUUUGUUUUUCUCUCAAUUUCUGGAUCAUGAAUCCCUUCCAUUUAUGUGUUUUUAGUAUCAUCUUCACAACCAUAGUCAGUCUAGCCUUUUCUGUAGACUCUAGCUACUAUGAGGCUUGCAAGCCUCAAACAUGUGGGAAUGGUCCGAAUAUAAGCUACCCUUUUUGGCUUUCGGAUCAACAAGAAUCCUAUUGUGGCUAUCCUAGUUUCAAGCUCGCUUGCAAGGACAAAAAUCCAACACUUACUAUUUCUGAUGAUGAUUAUAUCAUCAAAGAAAUCUUUUACUCAAACCAUUCAUUUCUCGUGGACAAUGGUGCUGUUUAUGAAGAUGAAUGUCCCCUUCCUCUACACAGCUUCAGGCUCGAUCGAACACCUUUCAAUUAUAGUUCCAAUCAUGUUGAUUUUUCCUUGUUCUACAACUGUUCCCAAGAACCUGUGAACAACAUGCUUACAUAUUCUAUUACAUGUGAAAGCAAUUCCACACUUCAUUCUUUUGCUACCAUUCACAAAGAGGUACUGCAGUACAUGAACCGAACAUUAUUAGACUCGUGCGAGUCUUCGGUUGUUUUACCUUUGGAUUAUCAUGAGGCUGGUGGUGUGAAUACCUGGUUGGAAAUGAAUUAUACUGAAAUCUUGAAGAUGGGGUUCGUUUUGAAUUGGACUGCACAAAAUUGCAGCAAUUGUGAGACGAGCGGUGGGCGCUGUGGAUUCGAUAACAAUGAAUUUGUCUGUUUUUGCAGUGAUAGACCUCAUGAAAAAACCUGUGAUGAUGGCUCUAAGUUCGACUGGAAAUGGAAGGUUGUCGUAGGGAUUUGCUCGGUUAUUGGAACUAUAGCUGUAAUGUGCGUCAUUUUCUUUAUAUGGCGACGUCGCAACAGAAAUCGAUAUGGUCCAUCAUCCUACGCAUCUCGAAGCAUCUAUUCUAAAAGCUAUUCCAGAAGUGAUACUGAGAAGGGAAGUGCAUACCUUGGAGUUCAUGUCUUCACCUACAAGGAACUUGAACAAGCAACAAACUAUUUCGACUCAUCAAAAGAAAUUGGGGAUGGAGGCUUUGGCACAGUGUACUAUGGAAAAGUUCGUGAUGGGCGAUCAGUUGCUGUCAAGCGUCUUUACGAAACCAAUUACAAGAGAGUUGAGCAGUUCAUGAAUGAAAUCGAGAUUUUAGCUCGCCUACGCCACCAAAACCUUGUCUUACUCUAUGGAUGCACCUCUCGUCACAGCCGUGAACUCCUCCUUGUCUAUGAAUAUGUUCCCAAUGGAACUCUUGCUGAUCAUCUUCACGGUGGAAAAGCAAAACCCGGUGCACUGCCAUGGCAUACUCGAAUCAACAUUGCCGUAGAAACUGCAAGUGGAUUGUCCUAUCUUCAUGCGUCUGAGAUCAUCCACCGCGAUGUGAAAACCACUAACAUUCUCCUUGACAACAAUUUCUGUGUCAAAGUAGCAGAUUUUGGACUGUCUCGUCUCUUCCCCACGGAUGUCACCCAUAUCUCAACUGCUCCACAAGGAACUCCGGGUUAUGUUGAUCCCGAUUAUAACCAAUGCUACCAGCUUACUGCGAAGAGUGAUGUCUAUAGCUUCGGUGUGGUCCUGGUUGAACUCAUAUCAUCCUUGCCUGCUGUUGAUAUCACAAGGCAUCGACAUGAGAUCAAUUUGUCGAACAUGGCUAUCAACAAAAUUCAGAAACAUGCAUUGCAUGAGCUAGUGGAUCCAUCCCUUGGGUAUGAAUCAGACUUUAAAGUAAGAAAAAUGAUCAAUGCAGUGGCGGAAUUAGCGUUUCAGUGCCUGCAAAGUGAGACUGAAAUGAGACCUUCUAUGGUUGAUGUGGAAAAUGAACUAAAGAGGAUACAGAGUGAUGAUUUUAGUAAAGAAAAGGCAGAGGAAAUUGAUAUUUCAGCUGAUGAUGUUGUGCCGUUAAAGAGUGGUCCUCUGCCACCUUCACCAGAUUCUGUGACAAUUAAUUGGGUUAGCAAGUCUUCAACACCAAAUGAUAGCACUGGUUAAACGUUUCCUUCUAGUUCUCUAUGAUACCAUUGUCAUUCUCCUUUCAUCUAUUAAACAUGUGAUUUGUUGAAUGAGAUGUAAAUAUUUGUUUCGUUUGAACUUUCGACUGUCUAAUCUGUGUAAGACUUGAAGAGGUAUGCUAAGGUCCAUGUAUAGCGGAGUUAGGCUACAUGACUAAUCUGUUUUGUUUGAACUUUCGACUGGCUAAUCUUUGUAAAAGAUUCAUUGCUUUAUUUGUUAUACAAGUUUUCUAGUAGCAACCCAUCCAGUGAAGAAAUUGUUUUUUUCUUAGAACAUAUGACAGUAACUUUGUAAACCUGCCACCUGCUAUUAAAAUGAUGGCUGGUAGAAAA